AUUUGUUUCAUAAAUAACACAACGAUUGACUCAUUUGUUGAGCGAUUGCUUUGACAAUAGAAAUCAACUCAUAAUCAGUGAUCACCACAAAGAUUACAAUUAAUAGUAUUUCAUACACUCAUUGCUAUUAACACACAAUACAUCCACUGUUUUGUCAUUCAAGUGACACCUGAUCUGUAGUUGUGGUGAAACCCUGCGGUAGAUCUCUGUGACAAUGAACCGUCUUUUCGGAAGGGGUACACCUAAGGCGCCCCCACCUAACCUCACCGACUGUAUCGCCAAUGUGGACAGUAGGGCCGAGUCGGUCGACAAGAAGAUCGCCCGAUUGGACGCAGAACUCGUCAAAUACAAGGACCAGAUGAAGAAGAUGAGGGACGGACCCGCUAAGAAUGCCAUCAAACAGAAGGCCCUCCGAGUGCUGAAGCAGCGCAAGAUGUAUGAGGGACAGCGGGAUAACCUCAUGAACCAGUCCUUCAAUAUGGAACAGACCAACUAUGCCACACAAAUGCUUAAAGACACCAAAACCACGGUGGACGCCAUGAAACUGGGCGUAAAGGAAAUGAAACGGGAGUACAAGAAAGUGAACAUCGAUCAGAUUGAGGACAUGCAGGACGAGUUGGAGGACAUGUUAGAACAGGCCAAUGAGGUUCAGGAAGCACUCGGCAGAAGUUACGGCACUCCCGAUGUCGAUGAGGACGAGCUCGAAGCCGAAUUGGAGGCAUUGGGAGAUGAGUUAGCCUUAGAUACGGACACAUCAUAUCUGGAAGACAUGUCCACUCCUAAAGUGCCCACAAGAGAACCCGGCGCCGAGAGUGUCAAUAGUGACGGCCAACUGGUCGAUGAGUUCGGUUUACCCAAAAUCGCCGCCACUUGACUUCAUUGAGUCAUUCACUGUAUUGUAUUAAUCGAGUCUUUGUAUAAAUAAUUAUAAAUUUAUUAUUACUUAAUUACAAAUUUAAUUACAAUUAUAAACUUUUAUAUUAUUCUUUUCGAUGAUAUCCCUCAACACCUCGAACCGAACCGCUCUGUUCUUGAGCUUAGUUUCUAUAUUCUGUAAGAAUGUCACAAAAUAUUGUGAAGUCUUGUGCGGCAAAUGAGUGGUCCAUACGUUCGGCAAAACUAUGAAUUUGUAACUAUUGAACAGAUUUUAUAAAGUAUUAACAUUAAAGCCUUAUAAUGAGAUUAAUAAUGGACUACUUGUUUGCAAAGAGAUCAGUCGAAUGCAUGACUUUAUUCAUCCCAUAGUUUUUAAGCCUUUCGUCGAAAUACGGA